UUGAAAUAUUUCAUCCGCUGGACGAAAAUGUUGGUAAACAAAUUCGUGAUAUUCGUAUUUAUAAUAAAUCAAAAUUAAAGUUAUUAAAUUUUGGUGAAAAUCGUUUCGCAAAGCGUCCAGUUGUUCGCAAUAUAAAAUGCAAAACAAAGUGCUUACCCUCAGAACACAAACGCCCUUGUUUGGUCAGUUAGUAAUCGGCCCACCCGGGUCCGGUAAAACAACGUACUGUGCAAAAAUGAAACAGUUCUUGGAGAAACUGGAGCGCAAGGUAACGGUCGUGAAUCUUGAUCCGGCCAACGAUAACAUGGAGUAUGAGAGCACAAUCGACAUCAUGCACCUGAUAACGGUUCAGGACGUGAUGGAGCAGUUUAAUCUCGGACCGAAUGGAGCGCUGAUCUACUGUAUGGAAUUCCUGGAGGCUAACUUUGGCUGGCUGUUGGAGCAGUUGAAGGCCUGCCCGGAUAAAUACUUCAUAUUCGAUUGCCCCGGUCAGGUGGAACUUUACACCCAUCACAAUUCGAUGAAGAACAUUUUCGAACAGCUGGAAAAGCUCGGCUAUCAUCUGUGCACGGUCCACCUGGUGGAGUCCCAUCACUGUUCGGAACCGCACAAAUUCAUAUCCACUUUGCUGCUGUCCCUGCAUACGAUGCUGCAGAUGGGGUUGCCGCACGUUAACGUCCUCACCAAGGCUGAUCUACUGAAAGAGUACGAAUCGAAGCUGGCAUUCAAUUUGGAAUACUACACCGACGUUCUGGAUCUGAACUACCUGUUGGAAUGCGUGGAUAGCACCAUGGGUCCCAGGAACAAAUACAAGAAACUAAACGCCGCCAUCGUUUCGAUGGUAGAGGACUACAGUCUGGUUUCGUUCUGCCUGCUGGAUUGUAACAAGGACGACAGUUUGCUGCGGCUGAAGAAUGCCAUUGACAAAGCAAAUGGAUAUGUAUUCGGCGCCGGGGAGGAGAAGAAUGUCAACACUCUGUUGGCCUGUGCAGUAGGAGCGGAAACACAGACAGACCGGAUGGAACGAGAUAUUAAUCCGUAUGUUAGUUAGGAUUUGUGUAAUAAAUAGGAAAUAGUGGCCU